AUGGCGCGGACAGGGAAUGAGCCCGCCGAUCCUCUGGCCAGAGGCAUAAUCCCCACCGCAAAACAAUCUCUCAGAGAUUUAUUCAUCUGGCGACAGCGUGUCGUUCUCUCCAAUGAGUACGACGAGACUCGCUGUGAGUGGAAAGAUCCUGACCGUUUCGAAAAUCCCAUUAGCCUCUUGGCUCAGCUGUCCGCAAAGAACUGGCUGUUCUUCCUGGUUGGUUUCUUCUCUUGGACGGCAGACGCAUUCGACUUCCACGCCCUCUCGAUCCAGACCAAAAAGCUAGCUGAUUACUAUGGCCGGUCCAAGACGGACAUCACCACAGCCAUUACACUGACGCUGCUUCUUCGAUCCAUUGGUGCAGCGUUUUUCGGUCUUGCAGGUGAUAAAUGGGGCCGCAAGUGGCCCAUGGUGGCCAACAUGAUCAUUCUCGGCCUUCUGCAAGUCGCGACAAUCUACAGUCGUAAUUUCGAGCAGUUCCUCGCCGUCAGAAGUCUGUUUGGUCUCUUUAUGGGCGGUGUCUAUGGCAAUGCUAUCGCCAUGGCUCUCGAACAGUGCCCAUCCAAUGCUCGUGGUUUAAUGUCCGGUAUCUUGCAGCAAGGCUAUUCGUUUGGCUAUGUCUUGGCUGGCUGCGCCAACCUUGGCGUUGGUGGGGGGACCAACACGUGGAAGACGGUCUUCUGGAUUGCUGCCGGGUUCUCCAUAGUCGUCGGCCUCAUCCGCAUGCUAUUCCCGGAGUCGCAGCAGUUUUUGGAGGCCAAGAAAAAAGGAAAAAAGUCAUCGAGCCCUGGCGCAUUCUGGCGUGAAACAAGCAAGAUGCUCAAGCAAGAGUGGAAGAUGUGUGUCUACUGCACCAUCCUGAUGACGUGGUUCAACUACUACUCCCACACUUCGCAGGAUUCGUAUACCACCUUUAUGCUUUCUCAAAAAGGGUUGAAUAACGCCGGUGCCUCGAGAGCGUCCAUUCUAAUGAAGGCUGGUGCGUGCGUUGGUGGCACUAUUCUAGGAUAUAUGUCGCAAUUCCUUGGCCGUCGCAGGACUAUUAUUGGUUCGGCUCUGAUGUCUACUCUUUUGAUUCCGGCUUGGAUCUUGCCCACCGGUGAACGUGCACUGAGCGCGACUGGCUUCUUCAUGCAAUUCUUUGUCCAGGGAGCUUGGGGUGUGGUUCCUAUUCACUUGAACGAACUUUCUCCUGCUGCUUUCAGAUCGACCUUCCCCGGCGUCACAUACCAGCUCGGCAACAUGAUCUCUUCGCCUUCGGCACAGAUUGUGAAUGCAAUUGCUGAAAAGACAUUUCUGACCAAAUCUAAUGGUAAAAGGGUGGAGGCGUACGGACCAGUCAUGGGCAUCGCGACUGCUAUUAUUGCCCUCGGAAUCGUCGUCACCACCAUGCUUGGUCCUGAGCGUUGUGGGCGGCAGUUUGAGAACAAGAUUGCUGGUGUGAGUAGCGAGGUGUCGUCUGCCAAGGCUGCAGAGAGUGAGGACGAAGAGAAGGGCAGAGUCGAGGUAAAGGAGAUAGAGUAA